GAAAACCAAAUCGUGCCAAAAUAAGGAAUCCACAAACAGUUUAGGAAUUAACGGUGACUGAUGCGUCGGGCCCUUGCAGGCAUGCUGACCUGGCGAUGGGCAGAAGUUUGGCAACAGGAGGGGACAACAAUGGAAAAGUUGUGUUUGUGAACAGGUUGGGAAAGUUUUGGCCAAAAAAGAAAAACUUAUGGCGCUUUCCCUGCACGGAUGCGUUUCGGGGAUCGACAACAUGUAAGUUUUGAUAACAGAAGGAGCACUCACCUACUUCCAAUCUGAACACUUUAAUGCCUAAUCUGUUGUUUGAGGGUUUGCCAACUUUUUUUUUUUUUUUUUUUUUUUUUUAAAGAGUGAUUAUUGUUGGGUUUUCAUGCCUUUAGACUGCGGGGGGGAAAUGGACCACAAUUCAAAAAGCUGCUUGGAUCUUUGAUAUCCGUGAGGUUAAAGAUGUGUGUGCGUAAAAUCUAACAAAGAAAAAAGACAUGGCAGAAAGAGAGAAGAAGAAUGUGUAUCGCAGCGUCUCUUUCAGAAAGUUGGGGUCUUUGAGCGCCAGCAACAGGAAUGAAGACCAGCAACACAAUUCAGAGGAUUUGGAGGCAGCUGGCGUCGCCCUUCCCCCGGAGCCCAGCAAAGCAGAACAGCCCUUGGCGACGCGUAAUGUCAGUGUGUCAAGAAAAGUUUCCAAAAUCUCUGCCACUACCACCACCACCACCGCCACCACCGCCGGCCUCCCAACCACAGAUCUAAAGAGAGGCUCCUCCACUCCUCUCUCCUCUAUUUCUCCAUCCAUCCGCCAGCUCACUGAGAAGUUUAGCAGCAGCAGUGGCAACACCGACAGGACGCACAGAGCCUCGUCGGGAAACGGUGCACCAGCAACCCGGGGGAGCAGCACUCUUCCCCGGGCAAGAAGCUGCAGGAGAGACGGGUCGCCUUCUCGUAAAUCAUUUCAUGAGGACAGCGGUGGUGGAUAUUUCCAGGAUAGUAAUACUACUACUACUGCAGAGUCUCCCACGGACAAAGUGCAAAAGUUUCACUCUGGCACUGAUUCUGUGUCAGGGUCGGACUCAGAGAGGAAAAGUGGGAUUUUUGCACUGUUACCAACCGACAGCAGCAACUCUGGUAAGAGAGAUUACUCACAGAUCAAUGCAUGUACCUCUGAUCCCAAAAAGACUUUGACUACAGAUGAGGAAGAGGAUGUUACUAGUAGAGGUGUUCCCCCGCCCUGUAAAUCUCACAGAAAUUAUCUUGCCACACACCACACUGACUUUAUUCCUCUGAACCCUGACAAGUGGCCCAGUGUGACCAAAAUUAGACAAAUUUUUGAUGAGAGACAAGGCAGAGCUACACAGCAGCAAAAGACUGACAAUUGUGAGAAUUUAAAACAGGCAGACAGAGGGCAUCCGGACCAGCUCAGCCCCACUGAGUGUGCUCCUCUGUCGGAUAGAUGUGACAAGCUCCCACCUUGCAACUCUGCUACUCAAGCCAGAAACCCGUCUUUGCAGGAGAGAUGCAUACAUGGAGCACAAAACAGAGAAAGUGGUACUGCUAAAGACACAUUUUAUUAUGGCAUAGACUAUAAUUCCAAAGCUGACCACCACCAGCAGUACUCAAAUGAUGAGGAGGCAGAUGUAGAGACGCUCAGUUUGAAUAACAACAACGUUUCUGGUAGAAAUACUUUACAAAGCAGUAGCAGCAUUCGUAGGAUUAACUCAUCUCCAUACAGAUCUCGCAGUCCCAGCAUCGAGCCAGAGGCUUUCUGUAAAAGCCCCAGGACGACAGGGUUGACAUCUGACCCCAACCCUGACCUUCAACCCCCUGCUACUUCUUCUUGGAGCAGUUCGGUGAGCCUAGACACCUCCUCCUGCUCCUCCUCUCUUCAGCAGCCGACAGUGAGGGAGAGAAGGGAUAGACAGGGGGUCGGGCUGCCCAGGGAUAGUUUACAUUCCUCACAUAGCUCCUCUAGAGUGCAGGCCCCCACCUCCUCCUCCCCCUUCUCUGCUCCAGCUCCAGAUAAAGCCAUUACCUCCUCCUCCUCUACUGUAGCUCCCUCCACGGAGCUAAGAGCCUCGGCAAGAGCUACCGCUCCCCUCAGCUCCCUCUGGAAGUUUAGCUCUGGGGACGAAGAGGAGGAGCACACCAGGAGAAGAAGAGGAGGAGGAGGAGGAGGAGGAGGUUGGAGUGCUCUCUCUGGCCCUCUUCCUUCCAUCUCCUACAGAGGAGGAGAGAGGGGCAACACAGAGCGAGGGGGCAGUUAUUUAUCGCGCAGUAAAAAUGGCUGGUGGGGUGCUAAGGGCAUUGGCAGGUCUUCAGGCAGUGAAGAAGACAGCCCUGGUUCUUUAGGGCCCCCCAGUAGAGAGGCAGUGCGCCGCCGCUCACUGAGAAAGAAGAAAAAGGUCAGUGGUGUUGCUCUAGCAACAGGCCGUGAUGAUUAUGAUGAUCAUGAUGGCGAAUCAGAAGACAGCGACAGUGACACGGGCUUGACCAUGGAGCACUUAGAGAGGCACCAUCAGCAGAACACAGGAGGAGAGUUUGUGGGUACAGCAUCUAGGAGUCACUUGGCAAGAGAGCCCAGCAGUAAUAGAGCCAGAGUGCAGCAAUGGGAGCGCAUCUCCUCACCUGUGGCAUCCACAACACUCCCAGGUGUAUCACGUGUCUCAAAGGUUAACAUCCCCCCUUUUGUUUCCAGUCCUGGUGAUUCCCAUUGUAGCAGCCGAUACUCCAGCACUGAGACUCUGAAGGAGGAGGACCAGGCUGGCCAUGGCAACCGUUCAGGAAAUGUGUUUUUGAACAGUAGUGGAGCAGGAGGCAGCAGAACUGCAUCCUCAUCCAUGCUGAGUAAAACUUACCAUGGUAAUUUUACCAUGUACCGCUCCCCUAGUUUUGGUCAUGGAGACAACUUCUCCCGUAACCCUGUGCGGGUGCGCCCAAAGAUUGUUCCUGCAGUUACUUCCUCCUCCAGUGUACUUGCCAGAGAAGGUGGGGUAGCUCAAGGGUUUAGGGGUGGUGAGACAGUGGCAUCAAGGAGGACAAAAGGCGGGGAGAGCGCAGGUGAAAAAGAUAAGAAUCGGAUAUCAAUGUCCAACCCUGAUAUCGCAUCAGAAACAAUGACACUCUUAAGCUUCCUAAAAUCUGACCUGUCAGAGCUCAGGGUGCGGAAAACAAGUGAGGGGGACAGAUCUGGGGCUGCAGAAGGGUCAUCAGUGUACAGGAUGGGCUCACGGAGUCAUGGUAGCACCCUCUUGCCUUCUGGUCGCCGUCCUUCACUGAAAGACCUGACCGCCACCUUGCGGCGUGCAAAAUCUUUCACUUAUUCAGAUAAACCCACACCACCAGUGAGGUGUUAUUUGACAGUAGGUGCCACCAAGAGAAGCUCCUCUGAGCAACAACUUGACUUGGAUGGAGAAGGAGACGGAGGGAGGGUGUCUGUGCCAGAUAGGGAAGUAGAAAGUGAUGGAGGUGGUUCUAGGAUCAGAAGAGGACAAAGGCUGAGGGAUUAUGGAUAUGAUGAUGAUGAGAUGAUGCCAACUCCACUGCAGGAGAGGUAUGUGCAGGAAGCCAGGCAGGUUAUUCGAGAUAUCUGCCAAAUGAGCACUAGAGAUGAUGAUGAUGUUGAUAUAAGGAGAACUGUGGAUGACUUGGAGGAUGAAUGUUUCCAGGUCAAGAAAACAAACGAGGAGAGGGAAAAAGCCAGAGUGAGAGUUAAGGAUGAGGCGAAGACAGAUCAAGAGUCUGAGUUUAAAAACACAAAGGAUAGGGAUAAACAUGAGAGGGAGAGAGAGAACAGAGAGAGCGAGAGGGAUGGACAAAGUAUGCAGUUGGAAAAGCUAAACAGCAGGGGCACAGAGUACAGGGAGAAGGCAAAGAGGCAGAGCAGAGAGACUGAGAGAGCCUUACUGAAGGGCGACUCGGAAGAAAGCAUGUUCUACGACCGCUCUGUGGAUGAACUUUCAGGCCAUGAGUCUAGCUUAACGGAUGAAGGGAUUGUGACAGAGCCAGAAACAGGCCCCAGUGACCCCUCUGAGAGGUCCUUUUUGGGGUCAGCAGGGGUUAAUUUGGGGUCACGAAUUGCUAGGGAUGUGCUGGGGCAGCCUGUCACCGUAUGGAAGCAGUCGGCUCUCCAUGAGGUGGAAGGGUUUAAGCAGGAAAGACAGGAGAUGAAGGAGAACAGCGUGAGUUGUGCAAAUCGUCUGAAUGAAGUCAGCGCACCUCCCUCCUUGCCUCAUGCUGCCUGUAUGGCUGCGAGUGAUAGCAUUAUCAUGGACUUGAGCACCACCGCCGGUAUCAACAGUGUCAACGCUACCAACGAGGAGAUCAACACCAACAACGCUGUGUCACAGGGGUCAACAGGCACUGUAGGAGGAGCCGAAGCCCCUGCAACCCCCAGUGCAAUGCGUCGAAGGCGAAAGUUCUCUCCUUCUGGUAAUAACAACACAGGCUCUGAUUCCAGUAAUGGCAGUAAUGCAGAGUCACCGAUGGUAUCAGUUGGAAAUGGAGAGUCCACAGUCUACCGCUCCCUCAGUGACCCCAUGCCUCAGCGGCGCUGUUCUGCAGCAGAGGAAAGGAACAGCAAUUUUUCCUCUGUAGACAGCAACCUAUUAGGAUCUCUGUCAGUCAAAGGAGGAGGAGGCGGUGCCCCAGAGUCCUCUGCUGUGGCCACCCUGUCAGAAUAUAAAGGUAGUGUGGCCAGUGACUUGUCGGUAUACAGUGAUGGUGGACUCCGUGAUGAUGUUGUAAGUGACUACAGUGGGGUGAUCAGGAGCAUUGUCGCUGAGCCAGGUGCAAUGGACAGACUGAUGACUGAUGACCAUAGCAACGGCAAAGCUCCCAAGAAGAAAUCAUUCAGUGACCCCAGUCGUCGUAGCGAUGCCCCUUUACUUUCCCAGAAUGACCCUCAGUUCAAAGGUCAGUCCGGCAGUGCUGAGCCAAUCGUUGAGCUGGAUCAGCUGGGCCAGAUUCCUCCUUCCAGCAGUGAGCCAAUCCUGAGCGAGCAGAGAGAGAAACUGUGGCAGGUGGAAAGUGAGCCAAAACAUGCGUUGCCAACACAGUCGCAUCACUAUCAUCACGGAAAUAGCAACACUAAAGUUAGGAAGCCUCGCUCCACAUCCGAAUGCACCUCUGAUAAUCAUGAUGAUGAAGAUGAUGAUGUAAUAGACCAAGGUGCAGCAGAGAAAGAAGAAGAGGAGAAUAAGUUUAACUUUGACCUUAAGCUUGCUGAGGUUCUGUCUCCCAGAAUGGUUCGUCGGCCCUCCAGAAAGCGUCCAAACAGGUUGGCUCAGUUUUACCCUCACGAGGACCCAUUUGAUCCCCCAGAACAGGGUUCAGAGGAGCAGGGAGAUCUCAGGGAGUCGACCGACCUCACACCUCCUCUUCCUCCUCCCCAAUCCCAGUCCAAACCCAAAACCAGAUCCAAGCACGUCCGCCAUGCCAGUGAACCUGCCACCUUUAUACCUAUCUCCCCACCUCCACAUCUGCAGCCAGUGAAGGAAGGAGACUGUCUCGCAGAGCUUCCAAGUAAACUUCCAGCAGACGAGGCCCCGUCUCUGGAGGAUGUGACCCAGAAAUAUAUUCUCGAACUGAGCGCCCCUGAGAGAGACUCUGAGGGCCCAGUGCCUCUGCCAGGUGCCAGGGAUGGAGCUGAAAUUACGGUGUCGGCAUCGGAGGGGCCCAGUGAGACCGGCACAAGUGGAAUUACACAAGCUGGACCACAAAAGAAGAGUACAGAAGAUACACCAUCCACACCUAUCCCGCAGAGGACCAAGCCCAGAGUGGACAUGAGGAGACAUGUGAUGAUGACCCUCCUGGAUACAGAACAGUCAUAUGUGGAGUCACUGCGCAGCCUCAUACAAGGCUACAUGCGUCCUCUCAAACAGCCGGACAGCGGCUCCAUCGUGGACCCGCUGCUGGUGGAUGAAAUGUUCUUCCAGAUCCCUGAGAUCCUGGAGCAUCACGAGCACUUCCUGGAGCAGGUCGUAGGCUGCGUCAGUCAAUGGCACGACCGGCAGACCGUUGGACACCUCCUCAUCCAGUCGUUCUCCAAAGAGACUCUUGCCAAUAUGUACUCAGCGUACAUCGACAACUUUCUCAACGCCAAAGAUGCCGUGAGGAUUGCCAAGGAGGCCAAACCAGCAUUUCACAAGUUUCUGGAGCAAAACAUGCGUGAGAACAAGGAGAAGCAAGCUCUGGGUGAUCUGAUGAUUAAGCCGGUCCAGAGGAUUCCUCGAUAUGAGCUGCUGGUUAAGGAUCUGCUCAAGCACACUUCAGAGGACCACCCGGACCACUGUUUGCUGCUGGACGCCCAGAGGGACAUCAAGCGAUUGGCUGAGAAGAUCAAUAAGGGCCGUCGAUCUGCCGAGGAGGCGGAGAGGGAGGCCAGAGUUAUCCAGGAGAUCGAGGCACAUAUUGAGGGCGUCGAACAUAUUUUGAACCCCCAGAGGAAGUUUCUGAGACAGGAAAUUGUCAUGGAGGCGAAGACAGUUGGUGGGAAGAAGGACCGCUCUCUCUUCCUCUUCAGUGAUCUGAUCAUCUGCACCACUCUCAAGAGGAAGUCUGGCUCAUUAAGACGCAGCUCCAUGAGCCUAUACUCUGCUGCAAGUAUGAUUGAUACGUCCAGUAAAUACAAGUUCCUGUGGAAGCUUCCUCUAGAGGACGUGGAGGUGGUGAAAAGCUCCGCUCAGGCAACUAACAAGGAGAGCAUCCAGAAGAUGAUUAGCCGAUUAGACGAAGAUCUCAGUACACUGGGUCAGAUCAGCAAACUGUCCGAGACCAUCAGCUUCCCACACCAGUCCCUAGAUGAGGCGAUAAAGGAUCUGAUGACGUCGGUGCACAGGGAGCUGUCAGAGAAACAGUCGUUGGCCUUCAGUAUGACUUUCCUGCCCACCAAGCUGGAGUUUACCACAGCUUCCGCUGAGAGCACUUUUAUCUUCGAAUUCAGCUCUCCUGACACUCGCUCCAACUUUGAACAGGCCUUUGAGGAAGCAAAGAAGAAGCUAGCUAUGAAUAAGGACCAGUGGGACCCCGAGUUUCUGAAGGCCAUUCCUAUUAUGAAGACACGCAGUGGAAUGCAGUUCUCAUGUGCCUCUCCAAGUCACAGCUGCCCUGAUAGUGGCUGUGAGGUGUGGGUGUGUAAUAGUGAUGGAUACGUGGGACAGGUGUGUCUGUUGAACAUCAAAGAUGAGCCUACAGUGGAGGCCUGUAUCGCUGUCUGCUCAGCGAGGAUCAUCUGUAUUGCUGCUGUACCAGGACUGAAGGGGAGGGACCGUGGAUCAGAGUCGGCCCCUCCUCCCGCAGCACCUGGCCACAACCAGCAGCAGCUGCAUAUUUCUAUCUCUCACUCAUCACUAGAGCUGACAGAGCAACCCACGGGACCAGGGGCGGAGCUCGUCCCAUUUGACAGCGAUGAUACUGAUGAUGAGGAUUCACCCAGCCCUUCUUCUACCCUACAGAGUCAGGCCAGUCACUCCACCAUAUCAUCCAGCUAUGGCAAUGACGAGGGCCCAGGCUCAAAAGACAUGGCUACAGAGACCACCAGCAGCGAGGAGGAGCAGGAGUUCCCAGUGGCAAGUUCCUAUGGCCCUCCGGGAAUGUUAGGGGUUGGUGGAGGAGGCCGUGCCCAUACAGAGAGCCCCAUGGAUGGUCGUGCCAUGCGCCGCUCCUCCCGGGGCUCGUUCACCAGGGCAAGCCUGGAGGACCUGCUCAGCAUCGACCCCGAGGCCUACCAGAGCUCUGUGUGGCUUGGCACAGAGGAUGGAUGCAUCCACGUGUACCAGUCCUCAGACAACAUCCGCAACCGUAAAAACAGCAUGAAGAUACAACACGCAGCUUCCAUCCUAUGUAUACUGUAUUUGGACAACAAAGUGUUUGUGUCAUUGGCCAAUGGAGAGGUGAUUGUCUAUCAGAGAGAAGCAGGAAGUUUCUGGGACCCUCAGUCUUCUCAGACAUUAGUUCUGGGCACGGCCAGCAGUCCUGUCACCAAAAUGGUUCCUGUGGGAGGGAAGCUUUGGUGUGGCUCACAGAACAAAAUCUUAAUUAUCAACACAACUACACUGGUACAAGAGCACUGGUUCCAGGUGGGCACAGACAGCAGCCGGUGUGUGACGUGCAUGGUGGCGUACGGUCAAGGUGUGUGGUUGGCGUUGCAGGGCAGUGCACAUGUCAAACUGUACCACGCUCAAACCUGGGAGAGCCUGACAGAGGUGGAUGUGGCGCCAGCUGUGCACAAGAUGCUUGCAGGCGCAGAUGCAAUCAUCAGACAGCACAAGGCCGCUUGUCUGAGAAUCACAGCUCUACUGGCUUGUAAGGAUCUGCUGUGGAUCGGCACCAGUGCAGGGGUGGUCCUCACGCUAGCUAUCCCAGCAGUGACCUCAGGAACAGGAACUGGCACACUGAAAUCCCCCCUGGUCCCGAUGGGCUCUGCUCACGGACACACGGGCCACGUUCGGUUCCUAACAUCCAUCGAACUACCGGAAGGUUUUGACAUGAACUUCCCUCCUCCAGCAUCUGAUUCUACAGGCAACCAAUCGCAGAGCAGCAGCACAGUUGAGGGGAGUCUACAAAGGCGUGACUCCACUCGCCGCAGAGCCUCCGCCCACCUUCCUCCAAAAAACAAUCAUCUAGUCAUAUCCGGUGGUGAUGGCUAUGAGGACUUCAGACUCACCAAUAGCAGUGAAACAGUCGGACGGGAUGACAGUACCAACCAUCUUUUGCUUUGGAGGGUCUGAGACAUUCGUCCCAUCUCUUGCUGAGAACAGCGCACAAAUCCUGUCCUUUCCUCCCCCCAAUCGGACUCCUCACUUUUUUGGUGUUGUUUUAGUCUUCUGCUUGGUCCACCAGUCUCUAUGUGCAUAUGGCUGUCAACCCCCUCUUGGACUUACUAAUGAAUAUGAUCACUUCGACCCCAGUUUUCUUGUGUUAAUGUUCCUGGUGGCGUGCGUUGUUCCACACUGAGUGGUGUUUGUGCGUGUGUUUUUUGCUUUUUUCGGCAUUGGAUGUUAUUCCAAUGUGUUUGAUCAUUGAACUCAAGUCCUCACUGAAAGAGACAGAAGAAGACAGAGAAGGGAAAAAAAUGUAUUGAGCAUGUCUUCAAGCUUGACAGAUGGAUGUAAGGUGAGAACAAGUGAAGAAAAGACGGACAGAAGAGGAUUUUCACUCUGCAGGAUGCCAUUGCACAGGAGGUUGAAAGAAUACAUUUAAGUGAAAUGAGACAUGAGUAAAGCAUGUUUCUCUGUUUUUUAGGGGGGGGGGGGUUUAGUUAAAUUUUUUUGGACUUGGACAUCAACCCUUUACUGCCUCAUCACUUCAUCCCAACCUGACCUGAAAACAAAAAAAGCCUCCAGUUAAUCACAUGUCAUAAUAACAUAUAUCUAAUGAAUGGAAAUUAAGUGAUACAUACCAACACAGAUUGUAGUUUGAUGAGUUUCUGAAUUCUGGAUUUGCGUUGAUUCAGUUAAGGUCUACAAGCUUUUUAAGGAGUAAAAGAGGAACUGGUUCGGCUCUUGGCCGGCCACAUGCCUGGGUAACAACUCAUAAUAGCAGAUCUGAGAUCAAACCUUUCUGGGCCAAGCAGGGAUGUAAUAACAUCGACUCUACUCGACAGCUACAAUCAUCCUUUCCCAUCAUCAUCUAGAAGCAGAUUGAAUAUGAUUUAAGUGCAAUAUGUGGCAAGGGUAUCUAACAAGACUAUAUACAUACACUCACACACACUCAUUUCACAGCCUUUCGUUCCCUAAAUGAAUAGACA